AUGGAUGCUCAAGAUCUUGAGUAUAUGUGCAACGUUUUCGUGAAUACAAAAAGGCUUGAGGACGCCCUCCAAGCACUGAAAGAGUUGAUCGAAAUUGAUCCUCUAUUUGACGCAAAUCGAAGACUUAUUUUCCAAGUUAUUUAUAAAAAGAUGGCUGAUUCAAUGCGUGAGUCAUUAAGAAUACUUUCAAUGUACUUACAAGCUGAGAAGAAGCAAGGCCAUAUAGAACUCGUUCGUGCUCUUGAAAAUAAAAUGGAAAGCGUUACUCAUCAAUUAAUCAGUAUUUGCAAAGAGGGAAUUGAAACAAUGGAGACUGUCUUAAUACCAGCAGCUGAAGGAUCUCCAGAAUCCACCGCUUUCUUCAUCAAAUUCAAAGCAGAUCUUUAUCGUUACAUCUCCGAGUUCUCCGAUGAAACAGAGUCACUUUCUGCUUUAGAUCAAGCUGAAAAACUCUACCAACAAGCUAUAGAUAUCUGCGCUUCCAAUUUAAGCAAAAAUCAUCCAUAUUACCUUUCAAGCAUCUUAAAUGCUUCCGUUUUCCAAUACGAGCAGCGUAAAAAUUUGGCUGCUGCACAGGAAAUGUGCAAUUCAGCAAUUGACCAGUUUGAUCAGAAUGCAACUGAUAUUGAUCAGAAUCAGCUCGAUGAAUCACGCCAACUUGUUGACCUUAUGAGCAAGAACUUGUUCAGCUGGGCCAAUAUGGUUCCUGAAGAUGAAGACGAACAAUGA